UGAUCAUACCUAUUCUGAAUCUGGUUUACUCGAGUUUCCUAUCUUGAAACCUAUCUUGAAAGUCACGAGUCAUUAUACUGCGCGAGAUUCUGCUUUCCCUUCGCACACGCAUUUACACGCGAGUGUUCCGAAUCGUUUAGUGUGAGACGUGUCAUUGCAUGUCAUUGCGAGAUUUUCUCCAGCGUAACCCUAACACAUCGUGACGACAGCUAUUCUUGUAUCUUUCAAGAACUUGGUUCGCGGAAAUCAAACAUGGCUUCUUGGAUGCGAACAUGACUCGAUAAAAAUGAGCUGGAAUAAGCAAGUUGUCGCUGAUUCAACCGUGCGCAUGAUAUCGCACUGUUCCAGAUUCGACGCUGUCGAGCACAGCUAGUAAACUCUGUCAUUCAUUUUCGGUGCGAGAUAUCGGUACGGAGACACCAUGGCUGACGAGUGCAAACCCGACACGGAGGACAAUCCAAAGAUGCGAUUACCCUGUAGGGACCUGGGCUUUCGUCCUCAAAAAGAGAUUGUAUACAACAAGUUCUUGCCCUACGCGGAUGAGAUCGACGCGGAGUCGCAGAUAAUGUUCGCCGAGAUCAAGGAAAAUCUCGGACGUGCAGUUAUGCUCCGUGAGAUCAAGCCAGGAUGCUGUCUGUGGUCUAGUAGAUUACGCAACUAUUUAUACAUAUACGGAAUGAAGUUCAGCAAAGAAGAUCAUAUAAUAUUGAUAAAAUUAAUGUACGAGCUUGUUACUAUACCAAAUUUGGAGCCAGAGCUCGUUAAUAAAUUUAGUUCUGUAUUACUUUCAUUAUUAAGAAAAAAAGAAUUAAUUAGUCCUGAUGAUUUAGAACUUCCAUGGAGACCUUUAUAUAAUUUAAUGCAUCCUAUAAAGGGGAACUCAUUAAUCUCAUUAGGAAUACGUCGUCAGCCACCAUGGUUGAGAAAUAUAUUGCGUUUCUUGAUCCGUUCUGCAAAGGUUUAUUUCCCUUUGAGUACUACACAAGAAAUAUUAGAUGAAUUAAGGCCAACAUUCUGUCCGUUUGAUAGAAUGACAAUGUGUGCGAGCCUUCUGACUUUAGAGUGUUUUUUACCAUUUCAAUUACCUCCAAAGUAUCAUUCCAUCGGACAUCAGUUGUGGCUCGACGAAUUUAUGACUAUGUGGAAAGUGUGUCAUAAUGCACCACAAUGGGAAAACGAUAUGAUGUGGAUAAUGGCAAGAUUAGCAGUAUGUAAUAUUGGGUAUAUUAACUGGGAACAGUAUUUUCCCUUAAUGUUCACCAGAUUCGUACGAUGUUUAAAUUUACCAGUAACAUAUAAGCAAAUGCAUAACAGCAGAAACCACAAGAUAGAAGUACCACCGAUAGCUAUGUGGAUUGUAGCAGUUUUGGGAAAUGGCUCAAGCGCACAAAUGUACUUGGAAAAGUUUCUAAAAACUAUAGAAACAUAUUUUUAUCCAGCGAAUUUCGGACGGUGGAUAGGAAAGUUAAGGGAGCUUCUUAUCAAACUUCCAUAUCAUUUUAUCGUACGCUUACAUAAAGAGAGAUAUGACAAGCCAACGUGGGAAACUCCAAUUCCUGACAAUUACAAACUAACCGAUAAUGAUGUCGACGCCUUCGUUAAGAGUAUGCUGCCGUUAGCUAUGACAGCUAUGUUCAGCAAAUUUGGCGUGAACGAUGCCUGCCACGCUCUACAACACCUCGCUGCUAUGAGACCGAAUUUAGUGAUACCGGAUAUGUUAGAACGAAUGUAUUCUACAUUUGACUCCUUGACUGAACCUCAUAAACUUACAGCCUCGAUGAUUUGCAUGGUAGCCGUUGCUAGACCGAUGGUGCAAGGUUCUAGAAACGUAAACAAGGGUUACACCUAUCCGGAAGGGCCCACACACGUAUUGCCGCUUCUGUUUUCAUCCUUACCUGGGAUCGACCCGAAUGACAUCGGAAAGUGUUUCGCCACGUUUCGUCUUAUUUCCGUUUACGCCACGAUGAUUCCCAUCGUCGAUUCCUCAAGAUCGACCGCAACUAUGACUGAGGAGGAAAGGAUGAUAUGCGAAGCGACGUCGCGUUUCGAAGAUUUUAUACUACAGUUCCUGGACCGAGUGUUCAUGUUCAUAGAUUCCAGUUCCUUGGAGGAUGUGCCACUCGAGAGCUGCGACGGUGACCUGAGGAGCAGGUUGGAGUCGGUAGCGGAAACUGCGCUCUCCGGAGUGUGCACGACCCUCUUGAUGGAGACCAGUGACACAAUCUUCAAGAGCGCUUUGCACAAGUUGCGCACUUUCAUGACGGAACGCAUCCUCGAGACCAAAGUGGCCGGUCAACUUGCUGCGGUCGUCUGCAAGAGUUUUUCACGCUUUAACGGACGCGACACUUUGCGCGCGUUGGUGCCUGUGCUCGCACAAACAAUCUUACCGGCGGUUGGCGAAGGAGAGGACGUGUUGAAGGAGGAGAACUUGGAUCAUCGGCUUCUACAUGCCAUGCUCAUAUUGUCCGCGGUUGUCGAUACACCGGGCAAUAACUUACUACCGCAUAUGGAUACGCUGCUGAAGGUUCUCGAUUACGUUCUGCUGUUGAGGUCGACAGACGGCAAUAAGUUGGCCUGUCACCUGUUAAACUGCAUUCUCACGUCAUUGUCGACAAUCACCCCGUGCCAGUAUAGGUCGUCCACCAAGAGAGACUACAAUGAUCCCAACUAUCCCUACGUUAGAGAUUGGGGUCAGAGUGCGGAUAUCGAUACCUUCCGCAUCAUAUGGUACACCCCCGGCGAGGAGGAGAUUGCUACCAUACAACGAAUAUUCUCGAGAUACUUAACAGUCCAAAUCGAUAAGCUCAAGGGAUAUUGCAUGGACUCCAGUACAUUAACCAGGGAGGAGCUGUCCGUUUGUCUGAAUAUCGUGUGCAACAUUAUCAGAGGGUCCGAGUUUGUUCUACCAGUAUGGACGGAAGCGCCGCUCAAAUUAGUGGAGUCCUCUUUAAAGUGCACCUCUAUGCUGCCUACGGACGGGAUGAAAAGAUAUGUCACGAUGCCCGAUGGGAGCAACGUCAGAUAUUAUAUCGCUGGAGUCAUGAGCGAGGUCCAAAGGGCGAUGCUUAAAAAUGCGGAAGACAAUACAAAAAGUUUCUUUGCAUUAAUACAGAUUUGGAGUAGCUUGUUACUGGGGAAAAUACGGCUGUUUGAGUCACACGAUGCAAGACGCAAGAAUUUCCAUGUGACGAAAAAAUUGUUCGAAGACAAAUUGGUGAAGAAUAAAGGCCGCAUGGGUCCCAUAAUGUUGGAGCGUUGCGACAUGCAGCACGAAGCGCGGCUACUCGCACGAUUGGUUGCGCUGACGGAGACCCACAAACGGAUAAUGCUGGAGCUGUUCACGCUUGCCAUAAGCAGAUACGCGGACGUGCGUAUGAAGGCACAAUCAAGCCUCCACUCCGCUCUGAAAUAUUUUCCGUAUUCCUACACAUUCAUAGUGCCCCGUUUGAUCGAUAUCUUGGCGAAAGAUACGGAGGAACAUCAUGAUGCGUAUAAGGGUGUCCUGUACAUGUUAUUCGGGCCGGUACAAGAUCCCAUUAUCACGGUACAACACUGGAGUAUGCUGCGGUCGUUGUGGCCAGCUAUCGUGCUUUCUAAGCCAUCCGAGAAACUCUCUGUGAUCCGCUUGAAAGAAAACAUUGUAGAUACUGUAAGCAAAUUCUUCAUUCCGACCACCAUCAAGCUCGAAGUGCCCGACUCAUGCCUGACGGCUGCGCGCGCCCUGUGGAAGCACUUGCCACGACCGGCUCUGCCGCAACCCAGUGAGGAUGAGGUACAGAGAGGUGUGCAAAACUUGAAGCGACUCGGCGAGUCUAAUCUGACGGCGUACAAUGGUCUGCUUGACGAGCUGUUACGUUGUAUACUCGAGGAAUCCCUGCACUGGCGACAUAGAUUGAUGGCGAUGAGCUUCAUACGGGACUUGGUACAUCCGGAUCAAGUUUAUUCCGUAAAGAUAGUGCGUUACUUUCUGCAAGCGCUCGUACAUGAUUCCUUGGAGGAAAGGAAGAUCGCUAUCAAAACAGUAGUAUAUAUACUGACGCAGCAAAAACGGAAACAUCCGAAGAUAACAAUCGAUGCGUACAGCUUAUCCAAGAAUAAGGAGCUAAGUGAAGAACAGUCGAAAAAUAUUAUACCCGGGAUGAGAGCGGACAAUUCUUGGCUUCAGUACAAUUACAAGACCCGUCCGUUGACCGCCGAGCAAUGGGACGAGUCUAAAUACCUUCAUUUGCCGUACAUAGGUUACUAUACUUGGCCACAAACCUUGGAAGUGUAUGCUCCUUCGUCUCAACAGCCCUGCCUCGAUCCGGAAGUGCGCAAGCUAACAGACUGCGAGAAGGAGGUCGAUCUUUUCUUCAACGAUUCGCAGAACAUCAAGAAGUUGAUAAGUUACCUCAGCUUGGAGGAGAAGAAAGGCAAGGAUAAGUUCAACGGGUUCAGAAGCUUCCUGUUCAAGGGUCUGUUCCGCAAUCAUGGCAUUGGGUAUCUCAAGCAUUUCCUGCCUCACCUGCAAAGAUUGGUGACGGACAAGCACGAGAGUAGCCAACGAUGCGCCGCGGAGAUCACGGCCGGAAUCAUCAGAGGAGCCAAACACUGGUCGUUCCAGAUGACGUGCGAAAUGUGGCAGUCGUUAUUGCCCAUCGUGAGAACCGCGCUCUCGAAUUUGACGGAGGAGACUGUCAUAGACUGGGGUACAUGCUUCGCAACAGUGCAGCAAGCUCGAGAUCCGAACAGGCAUCAUUGGCUGCUGGAGUGUCUGAUGGAAGAGACACCUCUGAAAGACUUGGAGUCCUCGUUCGUGGAAUGCGGUCGUCUAUAUGUGCUGCAGAGCGUCUUAACUCAACAGUCGUGGCGAGUCAACGAGUUGUUGCUGCGUCUGUUGACGCACCUGGAGAACAGAUUAUUAACCAAUCCGUUCCAGAAUGUGAGAGAGCGCCUGGCUUCGAUGUUGGUCAUCGUGUUUGAGACUGAUCUCAGGUUUCCGCGUAGGUGGCCAGAUGCAACAGAUCCAAAUAUGCAGACCUUGAUCGAUAAGAUCGUGCCGAGAUUAGAACGACUCGUAGAGAAUAGUACGGCCCAUAAUAAACUGCGAAAUCACAAGAGAGAGGAGAGUCUGUUGGAGAAAGUGGCUAAUGUUUCGUUUGAUGAGAUGAAGGGAGACUCGUCGUUGAAAACGGAAGAGCAGGAAAUGCCUAGGAGAUUAUUGAAGACCGUGUGCAGGUGGAUCACCGGCAGCAUGUUGCGUUCGCAAUACGGCGCGACUCCAGGAUUUUAUCAGAUAUUCCCAUUUAUGUGUCAAUUAGAGAGCUCGGAGGCGGACGAGGAGCUCAACAAGUCGUGUCUAUGCGCGUUGGCGAUCCUCGCACAAGCGUUCACCUUGCCGGAGUAUAUGCCAGUAGCACUGACCUCGGUGAAGACGAUAUCCGAACACUCGUCGUGGUCGAGUAGACUUACCAGCUUAGAGUUCCUUCAAGUGUUAGUCUUUCACAACAUGGGCAUAAUUCUUAGCGACGUAUCAUGGAUCGAUAGCGUUAAGAGUAUUGUCCUGCGCUUGUUAGAGGAUGAGCGCUUAGAGGUCAGAGAGAAGGCUAGUCAGGUGCUCGGUGGACUCUUACACUGCACGUUUAUCGAGGAUCAAGAGAAAUUAUUGGAGGAGUUCAAGAAAAAAACAAGGACUCGAUUACACAAGAAGAACAACGAGAACGCGUCUAAAAAUGCAAAAAUCGAUGCGAUACGUAUACGUCAUGCUGGUGUUCUUGGACUAUGUGCUUUCAUUCGUGCUCAUCCAUACGACGUGCCGAAAUAUAUACCUCCCGUCUUUGAGCAUCUCGGCCUUCAUAUGAAUGAUCCGCAGCCUAUACCGAUGACAAUAAGGAAAACACUAAGCGACUUCAAGAGAACGCAUUACGACGGCUGGACAGGCAUGAAUGGCCACGUACAGCACUUCACGGAAGAGCAAUUGGCUGUCCUGCAAGAUUUAACAGUGCCACCGCCACAUUAUGCCUGAGUGAGAAUUAAAUCGUGUAGUACAAUCAUCGCAAUAUCGUACGCGGACGUGAAACCGGUCGUAACACUAAUUACGAUGAGAAUCUCGUCCGAGAGGAAUGUAGUAUGGUCAUUAAAUAUUGAACGAACGGCAUUUAAAAUGUCAAUAUGUACUUCUCAUUUUCCGUUAGAUUUCGCAUGUAGGGAAUAACGCUUUCGCACGAUGAUGAGCUGACGACACGAAAGUAAUUGAAUGCGAAUGUGACUAAAUCCCAAACUAAAUCUUAAACGACAUUUCUAUGUAUGUGUUUAUUCAUGUCUCGUUGUCGGCUACCCAAGGCCUAUUUGUAAUCUAAAUCCCGGAGGUAUAAGGAAGACGGUAUUCAAUAAAGUUUAAGAUGAAAAUCUGUUCAGACACACAGCACAGAGAGUAGCUUAGAAGUUUUAUAUUAAACUUUGUUACACAUAUAUUCAAGCGGAAAGGAACAGUCAAUUUUAUCUAUAUAGAAAAUUUUGUUAAACACAACUGAUGCGUAACUUGAUAUAAAUGUGAUUAUUUUUUUAUAA